AGGAAGUGAGAACAAAGUCUCGCUCGCAGGAAGUGGAUGCGGAGGAACUUCUGUGUGUGCUGACCGCGCGUCUGUGUGAAAUUGUGAGCCGGUGCAAGUCAUCUAAACACAGUGACGGGAUAAGCAACGCAUACACGGGGGGCUUGCAAACUACAGGAUAGGAACUAGCUGCUACUUCCUGGUUGUAUCUGACUGCCAUGCCGACGGCCCAGGAUUUGAAGACGAAGGAGGAGAAAGAUGCGGAGCUGGACAAGAGAAUCGAAGCGCUGCGCAAGAAGAAUGAGGCUCUGGUCCGGAGAUACCAGGAAAUCGAGGAAGAUAAGAAGCGGGCGGAGCAAGAAGGCAUCGCCGUGACGACGGCACGGAAGCCACGCCCCUCGGAUUCCGAGAGCUCUGAUCACAGGAGAACAGAGAAAGAGAACUUCAGCAUUACUGUGGACCUGACCAAACCUGCCGGGGAGAAGCGAGUCAUCAGCAACGACAAGAAGCCAACGAGCGGGCGGGGGGGCGAGGGGGGGUCUCCCCCAGGCCGGAGCCCCCCCAGGAGAGGGGGGGGGUCGGGCCGGCUCGGGAGGGGGGGCAGGGGCGGCCCCAGAUACGACUGGGGGGGAGGGGGAGAGCAGAGACACGACCGAGGGGAGCUGCACCCAGAUAGAGGGGAGCUGCACCAGCACCCGGACAGCCAGCCUGCAGGGGGUGCUGUGAGGACAGACAGAGUGCCAAGAGGGAGGCGGGGCCGAGGAGCAGGGGGAGGGGCCGGUAACCCCGGCAACCCAGCACCCGACAGGAGGGCCAAGGAGUGGGAAGAGAAGCGGCGACUGAACAUCGAGAAAAUGAACGAGGAGAUGGAGAAGAUCGCAGAGUACGAGAGAGGCAACAGGAGUGACGGGCAGGGAGAGAAGAAUCCGGGUCGGAAUUUCCUGGAUGACUAUCGGCGUUCCGGGCCUGUUCCUGACGCAGAUCGCAAGGAGGGGAGCCGACGGCACGUCAGAAACUGGGGGGGGGUCGACUUCGAGAGGGUCAAGACUGGGGGUCCCGAGUGGGACAAGGAGUGGCAGGGCCGGCGGGCGGGUGGUCCUAAGGGCCCCGUUGACAUGACGAUGUCGAUGACGGGUCGGGAACGCUCAGAGUACGAGCGCUGGAAGCAGGAGCGCGAGCAGAUCGACCAGGACAGGCUGGCGCGGCACCGCAACGCCACGGGCCAGUGGAGGAGGGAGUGGGACGCACAGAAGACCGAGAGCAUGUUUAAAGAGGCGGGCGCUGCAAUGCAGGAACAAGGAGAGACAGACAGCAGGAGAGCAGGCAGGGGGCGCUAUGGGAGCACCUGGUGCAGUUUCUUGCCUUCAGAGGAGAACAAACGCCCACCCAAGCAGCCCACAUUCGGAGACUUCCUGGGCCAGGGGAAGGGGAGAGAGGCGGGGAGGGGGAGAGGCAGGGGAAAAGACAGGAACUACAGCAUGCAUGAUAACCGCUGGGAGGAGGAGGUGAAGGGAGGAGAGGCUGAAGGGAAGAAAGAAGCAGGAUCUCCCAGGAAUAAGGAUGAAGCUCAGAAGAAAAAUGACGAGGAGGAGGGGGUGCCGAGCCAGGAGGCAGACGAGGACCAGUGGGAGGAUGCGAGCGAUGGGGAGGAGGAAGAGGGAGAGUCCGAGGAAGAGAAGGAGGAGGAAAAAGAAAAGAAGCUACCACAAAAACAGAACAAGAAGCAACAGUCUCCCCCACCAACUUCCAACCCCCCUCGCCCCUCUCGCGGGGGGAAACAACCCAAACUGCAGCUGUCCCCCAAGCAGACCACCCCAGAGCCCCCCUCCCACGAACCCAGCAAGCCACUGAGCCCCUUCUCCCCGGCGGAGGGCUACGAUCCCGUCAUGGACUGGGGGGAGGAGAUGGAGCAGCAGUCGCCCCGCAGCAGUUUAGGAGAGCCCCCCCUGGGGCAGCCUGCCCCGGCCAACCCCAAACCCACAUCCCCCAAGAGCGGACCCAGCUGUGCCAAAGUGGUGCUGGGUGAGGAGCCGGAGGUAGGGGCUGAAACGCAGAGCGAAGCUGACCCUGGAGAACGGGAGAGGGACAGGGAAACUCAGAGUCCAGCCAGAGCCGAAGGCUCCAGCGAGGAGAAGCCGAACAGCCCAGCCGACCCCCCAGCGGAGCCAGAGCCCGCAGCUCAGAGCCAAGUGGAGGCUGAGAACGUGUCUGGAGGUCUGGAGACAGGCGGUGUGUCCACUAGCAUGCCGGAGAGGGAGGAGGAAGGGAGUGCAGUCUCAUCAAAACUGGAUUCCCAGGGUACAAGCGAUGAGACUGGGGAAAGAGAGAACGAGCCAGGCUGCUCGGAGACAGCUGCAGCCAGCAAAUCUAAGGAGCCAACUGAGACCGAGCCCUCGAUACAGGGAGCCCCCGCUGUGCCGGACCCCCCGAUGGACACCCCCGCCUCCUCUGAAGUGGACCCCCCCAGCCAGGUGUCGAACCCCCAGCCAGACCGGGACCUCGAACCGGCCACAGAAAGCCAGACGGCGACAGGGUGAAGGGAGGCCCUGUGGAAUGGGCUGAUGGUUUCUGAUUUUACAAGAAGAGAAAGAAUGAAAUGGAGAGGACUGUGUAAUUGAGCUUAUGAGUGUUCCAGGGAUGAGAAUCACAAUUUGUAAAAAUUCAAAUAUAUAUAUAUCACAUAGUUUAAGAAUUUGGGAAAUGUAAUAGCUUUAAAGACACUACUGUACUGUUUAGUAUUUGGCAAGUGAAACUGGACUCCAUAAUGGCACCACCAUGGUCAGCAUUGUAUAGGAGCGAAUGGAGUUUGAACCACAAUGGCGGGUAAAACCGAUCCAGUUUCACUUCCCAGCCUCUGCCUAACUGCUGAAAUCCUUGUGCAGAUGGGUGAAGUCGAUGCAGAUUUUUGUUGAUUUUGAGUUUCGGUCCAUUUGUUCGAACGCAACCAUGAAAUAAAAUAGUGGUGGUUUAACAAAGGGUACUUUUAAAGAAUAAUUGGCUGCAGCUGUGAAAACACUGAGCAGUGCUACAUUUAGAAAUGCAAAACGAUGGUGCGUUCAACGACAAACGUUUGAACCGCAAGUCUUUUUCAGUGUGUUCAACUUGUCAAAACGUUUGUCGUUUUCAUUUUUUUUAAGUUUAUUUUUUUUGUAUUAUCAAAGAAACACUGGCAAAAGACCCCCCCCUCCCCC